AUGCUGUUCCACAGCGUUCCCAAACUAGCCCUGUUUAUCCCGCUUCUAGGAACCUGCCUAGCAGAGCUCCUCACCCCGUUCCCAGACACCGCGAGCGAUCUCGCCAUCAAGUUCCAACCCGUUCUCGACUUCGACACAGACAGCUGCUACCAGACCGCAGUCAUCGGCAAAGACUACCUGGUCAACUCUGAUAUCGACCCAAACCUUGCUCCACCCCGUCCUCCCGGUCCAGGGCCCAUUAUUCGAGCCGCCACCGAUGACAACCAAGUUGUCUUCGCUGUCAACGCUAGCAACAGCGACAGCGAGAUUGGGAUCCGCUCGGGCGGUCCCUACGCACCCUCUGGGUGCCGCGACAAGAUCCGACUAGACCGCAGCCAGACUGGGUUUUCAAACGCACACAAGCACGACUGGGAGCUCGUCAACGUGUGGACGCUCCACGACCAAGUGUUUUUCGUCUCGUGGUCUGCGCACGGCGACUACACAACGCACUACUGGUCGACGAUCCGGUUCAAAGGCUCGCACCCGAAGAUCGUGUACCACCUCGGUUCGUCGGGUACGCACUCGCUGCGCAAGACCGAGGCCAAGGACGAUGAGAUUGAAAACGACACCGGGCGGUGGUUUCGGGCGCCGCUUGUUUCGCUAGAGAAGAUGCCCUGCAAAUUUAACCAGGAGCUGCUGAAUAAUAAUUGGGGCAGCGCGCAUAGUGAUUUAAGUAGGUUUGGGGAGAAGCUGGAUAAGUGGAUGCCGUGCGAUGCAAGGAAUAACGAACAUUUUGACCCCUGGGAGCCCAAGGUUCCUUCGUGGCUGUGA